AUGCUCUACCCCGCAAAUGAUCGUCAAUACGACCCCAGAGCAUCUCGACCUGAAUUGUCUAUUCUCGAAGCCGCACUUUCCCUUGCAUAUAUCGCUUUGGAAGUUCCCCACAUAUCUAGCAUUGUAAUGUUGCCAGCCUUCAACCAAGUGAGACCACGCUGGGUCCCUGCAAGAGUGACUAGAGCAGCAAGGUCUGUUGUUACCAGCCAAAUCUACCCAACUGCUAUCAACCCCUCGCGAGGGGAAGUCAAUUCUGGGCGACUCACCCCUAAGAACCUGGAAGCUGCUAUCCGAAGCCUGUUCCACGAUGGCCUUAUCGUGGUGACCGACGUGAUUCCACAUGACAUACUCGAUCGACUUAACAAGAAGAUGAUAAAUGAUGCUCAGAAGCUCUAUGCACGAAAAGAAAACAGCCCGUUCAAUUAUAACCCGAAUGAUCUUCAGCAAGACCGACCACCAACGAAGAAGUACUUUGAUUCUCAUAUAUUUCUAAACCCAAUUGCAACCCAAUUUACAUCCACAGCACUGGGUCCUCGUCCAAAAUGGACGUUCUGCUCAGGCAACACAGCCAUGCCCCCAACAGACGAAGACCCACCAAUAUCUCAACCAGUUCACUCAGAUGCCGACUUCAAGCACCCCAGCCAUCCAUUCGCCCAUGUAAUCAACGUUCCACUGAUUACCAUGAUCCCAAAUGGUUCUACCGAAAUUUGGCUUGGAACGCACAAGUGCACAAAUCUCCAUAUGCAAGAAGGCCAACACGGUGAACGGGCCAGUGGUCGAAUCAAAGCAGAAGAACUUGAAAAGCGAUGA